GAAGAUGUCUACAACAGUUGUGAUACCUGACAGUGUUGUGGAGUGGACAUCUCUGGAACAGCUAGCCCUGGUAUCUGCAAUCGUUAAAAAGGGGGACAGCAACUGGCCAACUGUUAGUCGACUUGUGAGACCGUAUAUAUCACCAUCCAAGAACAUAGAGCUCUUCAGUGCCAAGAAUUGUGCUUUGAAAUAUGAUCAUCUCUUGGAACAGAUGGAGAAUACUAAAAGGAAGAAAGAAACUCCAGUUAAUGAAAAUCUUAGUGCAGCAGAACAAGUUUUGAAAUUUGUUACUGCUGAGCGUAUUGCUGAGCUUAAAACUAAAGUACAAAAACUUCAUGCCAAUUGCACACAGCUCCAUGUAGAACUAAAUGAAGUGAACAGUGGUAAAUAUAACUCUCACAUCGAAGUUGCAUGGGACGAAGUUCAGAAACGGAAACAUUCUUUAGAAUUCCAAUCUCUAAGCCUUCUAGUGGCUAACAUACUUGCUGAGCGUAGAGCCAAGGAAGAGCCAAAGGCUUCUUCAACAAAAAUCAAGGAAGAAGUGCUUGACGAGGGACACAGUUCAUCUACCAGCAAUAAAUCUGACAAAGCACAGUCUAAACUGAGUUCCGCUGAGGCACGACCCGGCACUGUUCAACUUAGUACAUCUUUAACAUCAGGUGCUCAUCCGUCCACUUCUAUACACAUAUCACCUGGACACACCCCCACCAGUGUGCCGUCCAGAAGUCCAGUUGCCUCCUCACCUAGUAGAGGGCCACGACUUGUUCCUUCUCCCAGACUUCCCAGUGGUUCUCGAAUGGUGGGUACUAAAACUAAACACUCUGACAGUGACAAAACUAAGAUGAAAGCCAUGAAACCUCAAAAGAAGAAGCCUGUUGUUCCUAAAAUAAAAAUAAAAGCACUUCAGAUGGCCAGCAAUUUGGAUCCGAAAUGUGUCGCUAAAGGAGAUAAGAAGGAGAGUAAGAUAACUGAUGUAUUUCAUUUCGACUACCAGCCACCAUCAGGAAGUGGGAUUAAUCCCAACGCUCAGUACAGCUCGUUAUACCAGGAUUCUAAGCUUGCUGCAGGCUUCGGUCUGGAAAAACAAGAUCCACGAAGCGAAUCAUUUGAUGCCUCCUCCUCUCCAGCAUCUUCAGCAACAGCUAGUCAAAGUCAGACCAUGUCACCUCGAAUCGAUCCUGAAGCACUCGACCUUGAGAGUCCAAGCUUCAGGGCCUGGAAAAAGAACAUUCUGUUACUUUGGAAGACUGCUGCCCAAAACAAAUACGCUCACAUAUUCAUGCAUCCAGUAACUGACGACCUGGCUCCCGGUUACUCCUCAACAGUACGACGCCCCAUUGAUCUCACAACAAUAAAGAGGAAGAUAGACACAAACGAGAUCAGAACAACGGCUCAGUUCCACCGUGACCUGCUCCUGAUGUUCCACAAUGCGCUCAUGUACAACAACGCUUCACACUCUGUGUAUGCCUACACUGUCGCUAUGAUGACUGAUGUUACGGAGAUUAUCAAAGCUUUUUACAGUUCUCAUAACCACGCGCCAGACAAACACCUCCAGAAAGUUGCUAUUAGGAGUAGGGCACCUAGUGUUGCCAGUCAGUAGAAUCACCAGAGCC